GCUUCUUCCCUUGGAUGGAGGGGCGGCGCUGCCUUUAUAAAACGAAAGCCGGAGCGAGUGGGUCGCGGGAGCAGGGGGAGAUUGAACGCGCCCGGGCGGCGUCGAGUGACUCCCCGCUCCUUGAGGUACCGGCCACCGAGAGAGUGAGUUUCGGUUGCCCGCACGCCACUAUCUACACUACACUCAGCUUGGGAGCCCCACCGAUAUAUCCGAAGGCAGCCAGGAACGCCAAGAACCCAGCCGUGUUAGCAGAGGAGCACCCCCGCUUGGGUUUGCUGGAUACCGAGAGUUUGCUCGUUUGAGUUCCUAUGGACACGCGUCGUGCCUCCUGUGGCAGGACUCCCGUUUGUAACGCGGCGGCUGGGUCCGAGUUUCUGGUCUUCUGAGAAAGGACUUGCAACCGGUAACGUCGCGGCAGAUCCCGAAGUGCAGGGUCCUCAUAACAGCCACGCCCCUUCUAAAAUUAUACAGUAACUAAAAAAAUUAUACAAGAAUCAUUAUUAGGGUGCGUUGUAACAAUGAAUGUAGAUCCCAACGUGUUGCCUUUCAGCUAGAUCUUCUGUUUUAGCCUCUCUCUUGCAGCCCUGAACAACAGGAGGGGAUGGCCUCUCUCUAUCGCCUCUUACUGGUCCCCACACGCCUGAUGCUGAAGGUCUCUAAUGCCGUGUCCUGGCUGGUUGUGUAUAAUGCCUCUUGCCUUGCUGCUGCCUUCUACUGUUGGUGGGCCCUAUUGCUGGUGGUGUCUAGGGGCCCUUUCCAGGUGCUCCGCAAAAAGAAGCGGGAGACUCCACCAAGAUGCCUCACUGAUGCCUCGCAUGGGGAGCACGGCUUUGUGACACUAAAAAAUUCAGGGCUGCGUCUCCAUUAUGUUGCUGCUGGCAAGGAAGGAGCUCAGCUUAUGCUUUUCUUGCAUGGAUUUCCCCAGAAUUGGUUUGCAUGGCGCCAUCAAUUGCAGGAAUUUAAGUGGGCCUAUAAGGUGGUGGCCCUCGAUUUGCGGGGCUAUGGCUUUUCCGACGCACCAGCUGGUUGUGAGCACUAUCAGAGGGAUUCUCUACUGGCAGAUGUACGUGGUGUCAUUGAAGCUCUGAGCCCCAAUAAGAAGAAUGAGAUUCCUAAGUGCAUUCUGGUGGGGCAUAACUGGGGAGGAAUCAUAGCUUUUGACUUUGCUGCCAGUUACCCCGAUAUGCUGGAAAAGCUGAUUGUCAUGGAUGCUGUUCAACCACAUGUUUUAUUAGAAUAUUUUCCACGACAUCCCACCCAGCUGCUGCGAUCCAACCACAUGUUUCUGUUCCAGCUCCCAAAGCUACCAGAGUUCCUGUGGUCCUUAAAUGACUUCUAUCUAAUAAAAUUCAUUAUGAUUGGCAAGAAGACAGGAGCCCAAAACCCAGCACGCCAUUUGACAGAUGAGGAACUAGAGGCUUACCUGUACAGCCUGUCAAAGUGUGGAGGUUUAACACCAGUCCUGAAUUACUACAGGAACCUGUCCACUUGGGUUCCUGCAAAGUGCAAGGAUAUUCUGGUGCCCACCUUGCUGAUCUGGGGAGAAAAGGAUGGAUUCCUGGAACAAGGGCUUAUCCCAUGUAUUGAGCAGAAUAUGCGGAAGAGCAUCAAGGUGCAGCUCAUCCCUGAAGCCAGCCACUGGGUUAGUGAAGAGCAACCUGAAAAAGUCAAUCAACUGAUGUGGGCUUUCCUCCAUAAGAGAGACUGAGAUGGAAAGAGGGAGUAACUGCAUCUGCACUACAAGCAUCCCUCCCACCCAGGGAAUGACAACAACAGGCAUUUGACCUGAUGCUGGAGAGCUGAUCCAACCCUGUGUCCUGUGGAAUGUUUCUACACCAUAUUGGAACAUGAAUUCCAUGCAGCCUUUAACUGGUUUUGCUGCAAGUCUGUGUUCUUUUGCACUACAAUAAAAAGGAUUUGAUUCAGGGUUUUUUAUAUGGGCUUCCUGAUGGUGAAACUGCACAGCUGUUGCAUUCAGCAGAAAAUCUUCUACUGUAUCUCACUCCCUCUGUAGCAUGGAGGCAUUAAUACUCAAGGAAGAGCACAGCUUUUCCUUCUAUAUUGCUUUUUGUUGAGUGUGCCUUAGCACAGCAGAAUCCAGAACUAAGCUGUGUUCCCUGUUGAGCUGUGUCACACCCAUUUUCACUGCCAUCUUACUACCUUGACAAAUGGUACUACACAGGAAAGCAACCUUUGGCAUGGAUCUCAUUGAAAUGUUUUCAGCCUUCUUACUUCACUGUCUACCUGGAAUGAGUUGGACACAUUAGGAGGAAGCUGCUUCUUAACAUGUGAUAUUGCCUGGGAGUGUGACUCUCCCUGAGAAAGCAUGUCAGUUGGUUCAUGAAGCAACCUCCAUGGCAAAGAGGGGUUUUGAUACUGUUCCGUUAUUGCUCAUCCCAUUGUUUUGGAUCUGAUGAUGCUCCAAACGCCUGCAGUCUGUGAAAGUAGGUAGAAAGUACAGUUGCCCUUUGGGCAUAUUACCUAAUAUUGCAAGUUAAAGAUGGAAGAAGGUUCUAGUGUGGAUUGUGCUGCUGUUGUGCAGUUGCUGUGCAGAAGCGGGAAAUGAAUUGGGGAUGGAGUGGCAGGAGCUAAUAUUACUCAGGGUCAAACUAUCUGUGAUGUUAGCUGUGUGUUUAAACAAGUGUUGAUUUAUCUUUGCUCUAUCCGAUCACCUUUAUCUUUGAGGGGAAAGCAGCCAUGGGGCUCAAUCUGGAACAUCCUUCUGCAUCACAGCCUGCCCCUGGUUUUCUGCUGAGCAUUACUGUUUGUCCUUGAAAGGAUCAUGUAGAUUUGGUCCUUGGCGAACUUCUAAUAGUCCAGAAGGACCAGAAUCUGGGUUUUCCUUGGGCCAGUAAUUCAGCUAGUCUGGGGUUCAGCUGGAGCCACCAUAGUGCACCACCUCAGAGCUUUGGCUAGCCUAGCUCUUACUGCUUUGUGCUUUUUCACAAACCAUUGUGUAAAGGCUGCCAUAAUUGCUUGGACCAUUAUUAGGUGAGGGCAUAUAUUGAGCUGAUUUGCUUCUUUCAGGCUAACAUUCUCUUCUUUCCAUCCACCCAAUUUUCUUUUUAAGUUCAGGGUUAGUUUAGUACCAUAUCAGAAUAUGGAAUACUUGCGUCCCUAAAACAGAGGUAAGAUCAUAUUAGUAUAAGUCCGGGAGCCUGGAAAUGGUGUGCUGAUAUUUCAGGAUUCCGGGCAGCAAACUACAGCUGGUUAGUCUUAGAUGUGACAACAGCUGUCUUCAUUGUGAAAUGUCACAUCAGCUGUCAUUUUUCUGUUCCAGUCAAGCAUGUUUCUUCCUCUGUUUCCUGGUGAGGAAACCAUGCGAUGCCUCACAGACAUUUAAACGGGGGUUGGAGAACCUGUGUUUUUCUAGAUUUUAUUUGAUUACAACUCUUCUAAUCCCUGACCAUUGGCCACGCUGGCUUGGGCUGAAACUGGAGUGUCACAGCAUCCUCAUCUCUGAACUAAAAAAAAUAAAUCACCUUGCUUAUAUGUCCCUUUAUAUGUACUGAUGAAGCAGAAAGUAUCUCUUAGACCAUAACCUUUGGCUCUCCAGCAAGCAACCUUUGGCUCUCCAUGGCUCUCCAUGCCUAGGGAUGAUGGGAGUUGUAGUUCAGCAACAUCUGGAGAGCCAAGGGUUCCCCAUCGAUAUUUUAGACUUAAUUUCUGUCAUAUUAUCUUCCCUGUACAUAUGCUGCUUAUAGAAAAUGAUGCUUUUAAGCUUAAAAUGCUAUGCUCUGUCAUUCCACUUUUCAGCCAGACUGAUCAUGGCUUUAAUUUGCUGUGCUUUUGAAAUGCCACUAGGGGAUGUUGUUGCAACAGAUUUCCUGCUCAAGCCAAUUUACAUUGGGGACUAGCAGAAAGAGAGUUUAGGAGCUCAAAAGAGCCCUGCAAAAAUGCAGGGAGAAAAACAACUGAAGGGUGCGAAGAAUCAAGUUUAGUUGAACUUCUGUUUCAAAAAUCACGGGUGGUGUUCAACCUCAUUUUUACAUGAGCGCACGUGCAAGGAGAUUUAUCUUCCCCCUCCUGCUCCUGCAUGAGCCCACCACCAUCUCCAAAUCUUUUCUGGAGAGUUGGCAGAACUUUCAUAACAGAUUUAGGAGGCGCCCAGUAGGAGGAGAAGGGGAGAUCAAUCCAUUGUACAAAGAGAAAUCCUUGCACUAUUAGAGCAGUCUGCUUAGCACUAUAUGAAGUACAACCCAAUAUUUAUUUUUUAAAAAUAUAUAGGUACAGGAAAAAUAAAUAAUAAUAAUAAUGGCUACCUACUUCUUCCAGCAAAUAACCUAUUUGAGCAUAUGGUUUUCCUCAAGAACACUUGUUGACAGUGUUUUGUUGUUGUAAAUAACGAAUUGGCUGUACGUACUCAAAUCAUAAAAUGCCUAUCCCACCCCUCCCCGCUUUCUGUGGCAUUCUUCCGCUUUUCUGUUGAAAUCAUGAUGAACUUUUCAUUUUUAAAAUUGAUAAUAAAAUUUAAAAAAAUGUUUGA